CAAGUACAUAAUCAUCUACAUUCCUCUCCCCUCCUCUAGUUUUAGAUAAAGAGCAGAGUAUGGUAUAGUAAUAUCAUCAUCAGCGUCUUAUUUGUCCCGACUCCAUUAUUCUUUCUUUGUUUUGAAAACCACCCAAAGCUGUCCACUUUCUCUCUCUCUCACCGCUCAAAACUCAGAGAAAAAGAAAACCAAUAAAAAGCUCAAAAAGUUAAUUGAUUUUCCGUAAAAUUAAUAAUAUUCAUAAUUAUAAUCUGUUCAACUACAGUUCACUCUCUCCGAUCAACCCUUUGUUCUUGUGCAAAUUUUUCUGCUCCAAUCUCAAAAUUCGAAGAGCAAAAUUUAAAAUGCGCGAGCUCUGCUUCGAGCCCUCUCCGAAACGUUUGCAGAAAGAUAGGUACUUGGAUGGGACCGGACGCAGAAGUAGAGAGUAUUGCAAGGUUGGGAAGUACUAGCAUCUGCGGUAUUGAUCAGACAUUGUUAUGGCUUCUGCUAGCUUAGGGAACGGUGGAGUUGGCAGUUCAAGGUCGGUGAAUGGCUUCAAGAGUUCGUCUAGUUCGGUUGACUGGCUCGGGAGGGAGAUGCUUGAGAUGAGAUUGAGAGACAAGCCGGAUCAUGAUGAGGAUAGAGAUAGUGAACCGGAUGUGAUUGAUGGUGUGGGUGCUGAAACAGGGCAUGUAAUACGAACAACUGUUGGUGGUCGAAGUGGUCAAUCUAGGCAGACUGUGAGUUAUAUUUCAGAACAUGUGGUUGGAACUGGUUCUUUUGGGGUUGUUUUCCAGGCAAAAUGUAGAGAAACUGGAGAGAUUGUUGCUAUCAAGAAGGUCCUUCAAGACAAGCGCUACAAGAACAGGGAGUUACAAAUUAUGCAAAUGUUGGAUCAUCCAAACAUUGUGGCCCUAAAGCAUUGCUUCUUUUCAACCACAGACAAAGAAGAGGUUUACUUGAACCUCGUACUUGAAUUUGUUCCUGAAACUGUUAACCGUAUUGCGAGGAACUAUAGUAGGAUCAACCAGCGGAUGCCCUUAAUAUAUGUUAAACUUUACACCUAUCAGAUAUGCAGGGCUCUUGCUUAUAUACAUAAUUGCAUUGGAAUCUGCCAUCGUGACAUUAAGCCUCAGAACUUACUUGUGAAUCCUCACACGCAUCAGCUGAAACUUUGUGAUUUUGGGAGCGCAAAAGUAUUAGUGAAAGGAGAACCAAAUGUUUCUUACAUCUGCUCAAGAUAUUAUCGUGCUCCAGAAUUGAUAUUUGGUGCCACUGAGUACACAACUGCUAUUGAUAUAUGGUCUACAGGUUGUGUGAUGGCUGAAUUACUUCUUGGGCAGCCCUUGUUUCCUGGCGAAAGUGGAGUUGACCAACUAGUUGAGAUCAUUAAGGUUUUGGGAACUCCAACUAGGGAGGAGAUAAAGUGCAUGAAUCCAAACUAUACUGAAUUCAAAUUCCCACAGAUAAAGCCUCAUCCCUGGCAUAAGGUAUUCCAAAAACGCUUGCCCCCAGAAGCAGUAGAUCUUGUUUGUAGGUUUUUCCAGUAUUCCCCCAAUCUGCGAUGCACUGCUUUGGAAGCUUGCAUUCAUCCUUUCUUUGAUGAAUUGAGAGACCCAAAUACUCGUCUUCCUAAUGGUCGCCCUCUUCCUCCUUUAUUCAACUUUAAAUCCCAGGAGCUUCAAGGAAUUACACCUGACAUAGUCAAUCGACUUAUCCCGGAGCAUGCCCGUAAGCAGAACUUAUUUAUGGCUUUGCACACCUAGCAACUUCUAUGAACGUCUCUUGCAUCUGCUUGCCCUCUCACUCCAAUAUGGUCUUGUAUCAACAUAUGUAAAAUCUCUCUACCUUUGUACUUGUCAUCUGGUGUCCUGUGACCGUGAGUAGUAAGAGUGUUAUGCCAAAGUUCCCGAAACGUUGUAGGAAAUCUGAGGCUUUAAGUUUGCAUGCGGAUAGAGGUGGUUUUGUAUGCUUAUUUGAAGACCAAAUAUAAAUUACAUGUAUGUUUAUUGUGACUCCAAGCGCAAGGAAUUUAAGAUAAUAUAUAUACGUACAGAGAGUGUUUCUUCCUUGGUGUAAUUUUUGUGCAUUGUAAUUUGUUGAAUGUUUCGAUUCAGUCUUGUUGCUUUAAAUUUGAACAAUGUGGAUCAUACAUUUGCAGAAUUACGUUGAUACGGUGCUUGCUCAAACCGAAAGACAGGAAUUUACGUGUGGUAUUUGAAUUUGGCAUGUAUUUUUGGAAAGUUUAAAUGGAAAUUAAUUUGGAGA